AUGGAGCCACGCACGUUUGGUGGACAUUUUUACCUUUUAUCUACUCUAUUCUUCAUAUUCGCACCCGCUACAGCCGCCCAGCACGUCGCUGUCGAUGGUUCGAAUAGCAUCAUCUUUCCGCCCGGCAACAAUGUGCCACUACUACGCUCUCUUUCAACUUCAGUACAUCUCAUCGGAGCAUCGGUAAUAGCUUACUGCAUAGCACGACGAACGCAACCAAACUCGUUUCGAGCCUCGCUGCUCAUCAAGUGGCUCGUCCUUUGCAUCUUCAUCGACUCUUGGCUCUUUGUUUUCGGCGCCGGCAUUCUCAUCAGCGGCGUUGGGCUUUCUCUCAAUGCUUAUGCUUGUUCAGCUGGAAUCUUCCUUUGCAUAUGCCUAUACGCGAUUUCCAAGCUUCUCAUCUAUUCUUUUCUUGUUGAGAAGCUCUACAUUGUCCAUCCCCACCCUGGCGGUCGCCUUCGUUCACCCGUGUACCGCUUCUGUGCGGCGUUUGUCAUUGGAUAUGGGAUCAUCAUCAUUCUGAGCAUCGUGGGUCGCAUAUCCUUCAUCCGAUCGGAUGGGGCAUGCUUCAUUGGAUUGGGUCGUGUGGCCUCGUUGACCCUCCUGAUAUACGACCUGCUCCUCAACGUAGUCUUCACAUGGUAUUUCGGUUCCCUCCACCCUGUCAUCCUCCUGACCGAUUUGCCCAGCUUUUUCUUGUACCCCAUCUACCGCGUCGAGAACUUGUCCUCUCGCCUCAAGGUGAUAGCCAAGCGAACGCUGAUAGCAGCCAUCGUCGCACUAUUGACUUCGGCCAUCAACAUCCUAGUACUCACCAUUUUGCACGGCAAGGAGCUCGGUGCUCUCUGUCUGGGGUCUUGCGGCCUUGAUACGGUUGUCAACGCGCUGGCGAUAUUCGCAGUCACCGCUCCGGUGGACGAGGCGCCAGAAUCUUCUAAUGAAGCCGACACUCACACCAAGGGUAUUGUUUCCGAAGUCAACCAUGGACGACUAGGAGGAUUCCUGCCAUCAAGGAGAUAUCCACGUAACCUUGACGUGGGCGUCACGUCUACACGAGGGAUCCUGGAGACGGAAGAGGGCUACAAGAGGGCCGUGGAUUACAAGACGAGCACCCGUUCCGUCCAUUUCCCACCAGAAAUCACUCGCCAGGACCGUCUUUCUAUGGCAGAGAUCAAUCUGGAAGCCGGUAUGGGAGAAAUGACUUUGGUUGACUCGGAUCCCCUGCAGACUAGCAUGUCGCGCAAGUCAUCCAAACGCUCGUCGAAACAUUCGCUCAAACCCCGCAACGAGCACCCGUCGGCCCCUAUCCUUCCAAGGUACCGGCUGUCCCUCUCCGCGACUAGCCAACCCAAGCAAGAGUCAAACACGAACGUUGGGUAUGACGUUGGAAGCUGCUCGAUCCCUCCAACCAUUCACGCACCUCGUCCGCCGUCUCCAGAGAUGACCUCGGUCGAAGUAAGGCGAGAAGGGGGUGGAUCCCUGCGCCUCUCGCGUUCAUCUAAAGUGCCCUCGACCUGGUCAUUCACAAACGACAGUCCGCCUCGCUCCCGUGGUCGGAGCGCAAGCGUCUCGGUCGCCGGGUCGUCAACCCACGCGGCAGCAUCAUCAUCUUCAACCUCGAGCGCAAACCAAUCACAGUCGCAAACGCAUAUAGUUGAUCUCGGAGACGAGGUGGAGACUUUGUCAUCUCGAGCUAACUCGCAAUCUCCAUCGGCGACGCGAACCUUGCCGCCUUCUACACUCGACGAAGCUCGUGAGCGCCUCCAGGUCCUUUCUGCACUCACCAAGGCAACGGGCGGCGGACGACGGAGCCCGUCGCGAGCACACGGCGCACCCCUCGAGGUGUCGGUCACGAUGCAGACGGACCAACGCGUAGAGCAAAAGAAGAAGCGACAAACGGACCUUAUUGAAGACUACAGCGGAAGCCUUUAUAAUGUCCGUGGCCGCUCAUAUAGCUCGAGUGGCGGAUUGUGA